AUGGAGGAUUAUUAUAGAGAGAAUGAAUUCUUAUUAGAUGAAUUAUUUUCUUUAAGAAGUGAUUUAUGGGAAAGUACUUGUCUACCUAUGGAAAUUAAUAGUAGUAGUACUAAUUUAUUUUGUAACAAUAUUAAUUAUAAUUGUUUUGGGGAAAUUCCUCUUCCUUCUACUACUACUACUACAACUACUACUUCUUUUGAAGACUACUACAAUAAUUUUCCAAUUAACCAAAGCCAAAAUUAUUCAUUGUUACAUAAUGAAUUUUAUAGUACACAAAAAGUAGAUGUAUUGUCUCCACUUGAACUCACUAAUUCUUUCAAUUCCCAAUUAGAUGAUUUUUCAUCAAUAUACUUUGAUGUUGGAAAUUUUGGUGAUUGUAAAUUGGAGAGAACUCAAUCAACUGCAUCGUCAGCUGCUAUAGCUCCUGCUAAUUUUAAUAUUGGCGCGUGCCUUGAUAAAAAGUCGAAAAAAAAGAAGGUGAAUGGGGAACCUUCUAAGAAUUUAAUGGCUGAAAGAAGAAGAAGAAAAAGGCUCAAUGGUCGUCUUUCUAUGCUUAGAUCUAUUGUUCCUAAAAUUAGCAAGAUGGAUAGAACAUCAAUCUUAGGGGACACUAUCGACUAUACAAAGGAACUUCUUGAGAAAAUCAACAAUUUGCAACAAGAAAUGGAACUAGGGUCAAAUCAACUAAGCUUGAUGAGCAUUUUCAAGAAUGAAAAGCCCAUCGAAAUGUUUGUUAGAAAUUCACCUAAGUUUAAUGUGGAAAGAAGGAAUAAUAUUGAUACAAGAGUGGAGAUUAAUUGUGCAAACAAAUCUAGUCUUUUGCUAUCAACAUUGACCACACUAGAUGCCUUAGGCCUUGAACCUCAACAAUGUGUUAUAAGUUGUUUCAAUGAUUUUGCAAUGCAAGCUUCUUGCUAUGAGGAAAUGGAGCAAAGAGGAGUUACAAAUGCAGAAGAAAUAAAGCAGGCACUAUUCAAAAAUGCUGGAUAUGUAGGAAAAUGUAUCUAA